GUUGUAAAUGUGAAGAACAAAGCACUAUAACAAAUCGCCAUUGGUGGCGCUCUUGCUGGGCACAACACAUAUGAGCAGGAUCCUGUGAGGUAGAAGAAGUGUUCCCCUGUUCCUGAAUAAACGUUGCCAUGUGCUAUCUCCAGUUAUCUACUUGAAUAUCAUUUUAUUUGACCUAGUGUAUCAUACACAACAGAAUUUUGGCGACGAGGAUGGGAUAUUCAAGUUGGAAGGCACAGAGUCAGCAGACGGAGCGGCUCCAUAGAGGCAACACGGGACGGUAGAAGCCGAACGUUUUGGUGAGUGAAAGGACCGCCAAACCCGAGCUACAAGAUGGCGUUUGGAAAGCCAGAAGAUUUUCACUUCGAGGAAAGUGAGGAAAGUUUUGACAACUACCGCGAACGUCUCGAGCAGUAUUUUGCUGCUAACGACUUGGACACUAAAGAAGAGAAAACUAAGUCGGUGUUUCUCACGGUGGUGGGGAAAAGAUCCCAUAGCUUGCUGAUGGAUCUGUGUGCUCCGGAUAAACCGUCAGAGAAAAGCUAUGAAGAGCUGGUGGAUUUGCUGCAGAGGCACUACGUACCAAAGACGAACUUUAUUGCAGAAAGGUGCAAGUUUCAUGGAAGAAACCAAAAAGACAACGAAACAAUUAGUGAGUAUGUGGCUAGUUUACGAAAAUUAGCAGCUACGUGUAAAUUUGGGGCUUUCUUAGAUGAAGCACUGCGUGAUAGAUUCGUCUGUGGGGUAAAAAGCAGCGAGCUGAGAGAUCGGCUGCUCAGCACCGCGCACACCAAAGACUUGACGCUGCCGCUGGCUGUAGAAAUGGCGCUCUCCUUUGAGGUAACUAAGGACAGUGCACAGCAGUUUGCACAAAAAACUUUUAAGGCUCAUGUAGUAGAAAGAAAAGCUAAAGCAAAAUACCGCGAAGCUGAGAAAAAUGCAGCUACCGGGAAGAGCUGUUAUCGUUGUGGUGGAAAAAGUCACAACCCGAAUGACUGCAGGUUUAAAGAAAGUGAGUGCCACGAGUGUAAAAAAAAAGGACACAUAGCCAAAGCCUGUCGCACACGCAAAGAAGGAGGCCGUUCUAGUACGACCAAGGGAACUAUGCAUCUGGAUAUGUGUGCAGGACCUGUGAAGACGGUGUAUCAUACACAACAGAAUUUUGGCGACAAGGAUGGGAUUUUCAAGUUGGAAGCACAGAGUCUGCAGACGGAGCGUCUCCAUAAAGGCAACACGGGACAGUAA